AUGGCUGCUGCUGCUGCUGCUGCUGCCAUUUCAGCUCUUCAUCUUCUUCCUACCUCCAAAAUCUUCUUUGCUCAUGCACCCCACUGUUCUUUUCCUUCACUCAAUCUCCCCACCUCACCCUACAAGUCCUUUAAUUCUAAAUCCCUCAGAAUAAUCUCAUUUUCGCUCGCACAAUCAUCCGACUCCCCAGAAUCUGACCCUCGAAUUCUCCUCCAAGAACUUGCGGAUUGUUUUGCUCUUCCAGAUGACUAUUUUCGCCAGUUACCAAGGGAUCUUCGGCUGGACCUGAAUGAUGCAGCAUUUGAUCUUUCAAACGGUGCUGUGAAAGAUGAGUGUGGUGAAGAGUUAGGUGAGACAUUGUUAAACAUAAGUCGAGCAUGGGAACUUGCUGAGGCAUCAACUUCAGCAAAAUUAAUGAGCAAGCUCCCACUGUUGGUGGGUUUGCUCCCUAAUAACAAUAAAUCAGGCAAGCAUUCAAAUUCCACCCAUGAUUGGUUUGCACUCGGAAAGCGUUUGGUUUCUGCAUCUAGGAGGUUCCAGUCAAUGGGUCAGUAUGGUCAAGGUGAACUACAAACGAUUGCUAAAGUGAUGAACAAGAACGGAAAGCUAUUGGCUGCAAAUCCAGUUACGGAGGCAGCUACUGGAGAAGCAAAGCCGGAAACCAGGGUUCUAAAGUUUGGCGAGCUUCAGGUUGAAUUGACUCCAGGAAAGGCAUAUGUCGGUGCUUUGAUUGGGUUUAUUUUCGGGGUUCUUUCAUGGCAAGUAAGUCAAGGCAUCCAAAGCAUACCCGAUAGCUCACUGGAGUAUGCGAAUGAUAAUGCAUUACUUCUUGCAAAGUCCCUGCGUGGAGCUCUCUUGGCGCUUUUCUAUUCAUCUACAGUCUUGUCUGCUUUCGCGGCUGUAGGGCUUAUCCUACUUGGAGGACAGUUAAAGUCGAAAGGAGAGUGA